GCUCCCGGCAGAGGCGCUGCGAAGGCUCCCGGGAGAGGGUGGCGCGGGGUUAGCGCGGCAAGCGGACAGCGGCGGGACCUCCCGGGCAGCCAGCGUGGACGGAGCGGCGCGCGUGCCGAGCAUGGCGGGCUCCCUGCCUCCCUGCGUGGUGGACUGCGGCACCGGGUAUACCAAGCUUGGCUACGCAGGCAACACUGAGCCACAGUUCAUUAUUCCUUCAUGUUGGGUUAUUUCUGUUGCUGUCUUCAAGUUCAUUGACUCUUUCCCCUGUCGUUUUCUGCUGCUGAGCUCAUCCAUUGACAUUUUAAUUUCAGGUAUUGCCAUCAGAGAGUCUGCAAAGGUGGUCGACCAAGCCCAGAGGAGGGUGUUGAGGGGUGUCGACGACCUGGACUUCUUCAUAGGGGACGAAGCCAUAGAUAAACCCACGUAUGCCACAAAGUGGCCAAUAAGACACGGAAUAAUUGAAGACUGGGAUCUAAUGGAAAGGUUCAUGGAACAAGUGAUUUUUAAAUAUCUUCGAGCUGAGCCUGAGGAUCAUUAUUUUUUAAUGACAGAACCUCCACUGAACACACCAGAAAACAGAGAAUAUCUUGCAGAAAUUAUGUUUGAAUCAUUUAAUGUACCAGGACUCUACAUUGCAGUUCAGGCAGUGCUGGCCUUAGCAGCGUCUUGGACCUCGCGACAAGUGGGCGAACGUACGUUAACGGGGAUCGUCAUCGACAGUGGGGAUGGGGUCACCCAUGCUAUCCCAGUGGCAGAAGGGUAUGUCAUUGGGAGCUGCAUCAAACACAUCCCUAUCGCAGGGAGAGAUAUUACGUAUUUCAUGCAACAGCUGCUGAGGGAGCGGGAGGUGGGGAUUCCUCCGGAGCAGUCGCUGGAGACUGCCAAAGCCAUCAAGGAGAAAUACUGUUACAUUUGCCCUGAUAUCGUCAAGGAAUUUGCCAAGUAUGAUGUGGAUCCUCAGAAGUGGAUCAAACAGUACACGGGGAUCAAUGCAGUCAACCAGAAGAAGUUCAUUAUAGAUGUUGGCUACGAAAGGUUCCUGGGCCCUGAGAUUUUCUUUCACCCGGAGUUUGCCAACCCAGACUUUAUGGAGUCCAUCUCGGACGUUGUUGAUGAAGUCAUUCAGAGCUGCCCCAUCGAUGUCCGUCGUCCGCUGUAUAAGAAUGUCGUUCUUUCGGGGGGCUCGACGAUGUUCAGGGACUUUGGACGUCGCCUGCAGAGAGACUUAAAAAGGGUGGUGGACGCCAGACUGAGACUCAGCGAGGAGCUCAGUGGCGGCAGAAUAAAGCCCAAGCCCGUGGAGGUCCAGGUGAUAACACAUCAUAUGCAGCGCUAUGCGGUGUGGUUCGGAGGCUCGAUGCUGGCCUCAACUGUGUGCCGUCUGGACUACAUGACAGACCCGAUAAAACCCUGGACACCACAGCACAGAACUCUGAUGAAGUACCAGGCUGUGGGCGUGAGAUCUGUGUUCCCCCGUGGCUGCCCAGAAGUGCUGGUGACACAGCCUUGAUGCGUGAGGAGAAAAUGCACCGUGGGAUGACUUUGAUCAACGAGGGAAGAACUGGGAAGUAGGCAUUUCUUUAUGGCAACGGCAAGAUGAGUGGAAUCUGCUGAUCCCGUGGGUGGAGAUGGAGCUGGAAGGAGGGACCCCACCAGGCUGUGCAGCCCGAGCUGGUGGCAGCUGCCCCGGAAGAAGGCUGUUUGGGUGCCGUGCAGUUCUUGGAGGAUUUGAAUGAGGUACUUAGAGUGUAAAUCUAGACUUUCAGAUUGGUUAUUUUCAUGCUGUUCACAUUUUCCAUCAUUAUUAUGUUUUUUUAAAAUCACUUUUGGCUAUGUUCCAUUUGAUAACAAUACGCCUACAGCGGUGGUUCUCAACCAGGGACAGUCUUGCCUCGGGGGACAUCUAGCCACGUUGGGAGAUGUUUUUGGCUGUUAUGACUGGUUAGGGGGUGUUAUCUUGGUGGGUAGAGGCUGGGGAUGUGCCCACACCCUACAAGGCACAGGCAAGCCCGCAACCAAGAGCUGUCGGGCUUGUGUGCCAGCAGUGCUACGGGAGCCUGGCCUGAGGGUAGAGGAGGAAGGGUUUCUGUCCCGGGAGCCCACGACCUCAGGAAGGCACAGUUCGAGACCUCCAAGGGAAAGUGAAGGCUCGGGUGACCCCCACGUGUGCAGCCAGCUCCCCAUCCCCAGGGACCCUCCCUCUGCUGCAAAGGAUUGCACUUGCUUUCACAGGAGCUCUUUCUUCAUUCCUCCCAGCGAUCACAUCUUUCUUCGGUGACAGGCAGGACUGGGGGUACCUGGGAAUGGCAUGUUCCUGGGGAACAAGCAGAAAAGCUCUUCAUUUAAAAAAAAAUUUAUUGAAGUCUAGUUGAUUUACAAUGUUGUGUUAAUUUCUGCUGUAUAGCAAAGUGACUCAGUUAUACACAUAUAUAUUCUUUUUCAUAUUCUUUUUCAUUAUGCUAUAUCAUAGGAUAUUGAAUAUUGUUCCCCAUGCUAUACAGUAGGACCUUGUUGUUUAUCCAUCCUACAUAUAAUAGUUUGCAUCAGCUCAUCCCCAAAUUCCAAUCCAUCCUUUCCCCACCCCCUCUUCCCCUUGGCAACCGCGAGUCUGUUGUCUAUAUCUGUGAGUCUGUUUCUGUUUCAUAGAUAGGUCUAAAAUAUGACUUAUAUGUCAUGUUUUAUUAUUUUAAAUUAAUUAAUUAAUUUUGGCUGCGUUGGGUCUUUGUUGCUGUGCGCAGGCUUUCUCUAGUUGCGGCGAGCGGAGGCUACUCUUCAUUGCGGUGCGCAGGCUUCUCAUUGCGGUGGCUUCUCUUGUUGCGGAGCACGGGCUCUAGGCACACGGGCUUCAGUAGUUGUGGCGCACGGGCUUAGUUGCUCUGCGGCAUGUGGGAUCUUCCUGGACCAGGGCUCGAACCCAUGUCCCCUGAAUUGGCAGGAGGAUUCUUAGCCAGUGUGCCACCAGGGAAGUCCCAUAUGUCAUAUUUUAGAUUCGACAUAUAAGUGAUAUCAUAUGGCAUUUGUCAGGAAAGCUUAGCUUGACCUUGAUCUAAAUCCCACCCACUAGGAGAGCAUCUGCAGCAUUCUCCUUGUAGAUGACAAGGUCAACAGGGGAGGGAAUUGCUGGAGAAAUUCCUGGAGAGAGCCUCAUUAGAGGGAGUGGAGCUGGGGUGUAUUUUGUGUAUUUUGUAGGGGUGUGUGGAGGUGGCCAGCUGGUCCCCCUUCGUGGGGGGGAAUCCUGCAGCCCCAGAUGCUGGGAGGCCUUCAGGACCUAUCUUGCCCACAGAGCUGCCUCAGCUGCCGUCCUGGGUACCACCUCCAUGUGGGGCAGGGAUGUGGAAGCUGGCCAGCGGGCCCCGUGGGGCAACUCUGCAGCAUCAUGCCCUCCACAGGCGUUCACGCCUGCCAGGUACCCCUGCUCAGACUCCAUCACAGCAUCGGCUCUGGGGAAGCCAACCGUGAUGGGGAAGAGAGGAUUCCGGAGGCUCAACACCCAAGGGCUUCCAGAAGGGACUGGAAUGCAGGACUUACCUACAGAAAGGCUGCUCAGGAAUGGAAAUGUCAAGGCAGUUUGACACAGAGGCACUGCCAGCUGUUGAGAUGUGAGGGCUUCUUGGGCAGUGAUUCACAGCGGGCUAUCUAUUUUCCUGGCUGUGCUACCGCUGACAAGAUGAAGUGCAUUCCUGACAUCCAGAAUUUCCCAGGAAAGAUUUCAUUGUCUCGUUCUCCUGUGAGAAGUGAGAAGUGAACUUGAUAUUUCUCUGUUCAACCUUCAUCAAUAAAAAAUUUUUCUGGUUGGCUUA